CUGAAUGGAAAUUAAUCUUUUCAUACUUCAGUCUCGUGCAGCAGCGUGUUUGGAUAUAAUUAUGAUUCCAGAUGUAUUCUGCUAAAGUGUAUUUUAGAACUGUUUCAUGAGAAUAGUAGCUCAUCUGUAUUUAAAGCGCACGUUCUUGGAUCUGUAUCUUUGUUUGCUGCUGGCGUUUUCUGUGAACGCGAUCGUCGAUCGGUUUGAUCGGAGCAAAAAGUUCAAAGCAACAACAGAUCACUGUUUUCAGAGACACUGAAAACUGAAACACGGAUUCUGAACGGGUUUGCGAUCUGAUGGAGUAUUAUACACAUUCAUGAACGAGACAGCUGUGUGAGGGUAACGGAAAUGGAAAAUCAACCCGAGACCGAUGAACCGAGGCGAGACUGAUUCCUCACUCUGCGUCCCGUUAUUCUGUUCGGGUCUGAAGCGCGCGUCCUCGCGUGAACGGGUGACCGAAGUAGUAAACAAGUGUUUGUGUUUUGUUUGUUUGUUUUUCGGUCAUGGGCUUUCUGAAAGUUCUUCAGGACUGGUGUCGAGAAGUUUGUGAAGGUUACCCUGAUGUUCUGGUCACAGACCUGAGCUCUUCAUUCACAGAUGGACUGGCUUUCUGUGCGAUCAUCCACAGACAUAGACCCGAUCUACUAGAUUUUCACUCACUGUCCAAACACAAUGUCUACGAGAACAUGCGUCUGGCGUUUGACGUUGCGGAGCGUGAGCUGGGAAUUCCUGCUCUUUUAGAUCCGGAUGAGCUGGUGUCUCUGGAGGAGCCGGAUCAUCUGUCCAUCAUCAUUUACGUCUCUCAGCUCUACUGUGUUUUCAGAAAACACUCUCAUGACAGUCAGAAGAUUCCUGUGGACAGUGAAUCCGGCAGCACCAAACCCCAAGAUCAGACUCACACUAGGAAUGAAGGACGUCUUUCCACCUCAUCAGAGACUGACAUACAAGAACCUCCCAAACCUGCUCCCAGAAAGAGGAAAGAGCCUAAGGAACCUCCUCGCCCCGCCCCCAGAUCACCAGAUCAUUGCCCUAACAACGUCUCGUCUCGGAGUGUCGUCCGUAAGGAACAUCCCUGGAUGAAGCUGAUUAAUCCGGGUCCCUGGUCUCGUCUUCCACCAGCUCCGGCUCCAUACGCUCAUUCACGCCACCAGCCCACGACCUUUAACCCCUUCCUGGAGAAAAAGGAGGACAAGUCCAAUGAUGAGGAGACAAAUGCUUUCAGUUGCGAAAACUCAGUUACACAAAAACCCCAAACCUCAUCUUCAGUUCCCAGCAUGCACCAGGCUGCAGCCCAUGUUCAUGGUUUCCCGCUCAUCAAGAGGAAUGUGAACACACACACACGCAUUUCAGAUGACCAGGUGUGUGAGGAGCAGAAGGAGCUGGAGGAGCGUCUGCUGGAGCUGGAGAGGAGAGGAUUGCAGCUGGAGAGAGAGAUGAGCAGAUGCACCAACGAGAACCUUCUAGUUAAGUGGUUCCUUCUGAUUCAUGAAAAGAGCAUGUUGGUGCGCAGAGACACAGAGCUGGUGUAUAUGGUGAAGCAGCAGAAUCUGGAGGAUGAACAGGUUGAUGUGGAGUUAGAGAUCAGAUACCUCUUCAACAAACCAGAGCAGGACUGGAGCUCUGACGACAGACAACAGGAACAGCAGCUGAUGUCACGCCUGCUGUCAAUCAUCCAGCAGAGAAAUGAUAUCAUCAGCAGCCUGGAUCAGGACAGGAAGAGGGAGGAGGAGGAGGAUGAGAUGCUGAUGGCUGUGAUCCAGAGGAUGGGUCACACAUCAGAAAUGGAACCGAAUGCACAUUUAAACCUGAUUUUACUGGGGACAGCAAAAUCUGGAAAGAGUGCGUCAGGAAACACAAUACUGGGACGAAAAGCUUUUGUUACAAAAGGCGAGCGACAUGUUGCUGUUGUAUCCGAGACCAUCUUUGGGAUUCCAGUCACUGUUCAUGACACACCAAGAUUAUGUGAGAGUCAGAUCAUCGAGAAUCAGAUGCCACUCCAAUAUAAGAGUAUUUUCCAGAAGUGUGAAUCUGGUCCCUGUGUGUUUCUGCUGGUCAUCAAAGCCGACAGAUUCUCUGCAAAUGAGAGAAGAACUGUGGAGAAGAUUGAGACAUUUUUGGGACCAAACCGCUUGAAUAAAACCUGGAUUCUCUUCACCAGAGGAGACAAACUGGAUAAAGGAAACACGACAAUAAAAGAAUUUCUUGAGAGAAAUGAAGCAUUGGAGACACUUCAGAAGUAUGAUCAGAGAUACCAUGUGUUCAACAACAUGAAGAAAGGACCAACUGACCAGGUCAAGGUGCUGCUUGCUAAAAUUAUCCAAACAUCAUAUCUGGUAAAUGCAUCAGAUGGAGGAAUGCUGCCCAGACGGAUCACAACAUUCACAACCUUCACUCGCGAUCUUGAUGUCAUUAACCGUUCAUCUAGAAGGAUUGUUCUUCUGGGUAAAACUGGUUUUGGCAAGAGUGCAUCGGGAAACACAAUACUGGGACAGAAGGUGUUUAAAUCUGAGGUUAGCUCAAAUUCAGUAACCUGUCAAUGUUCAGUGAAUCAUGCCACUGUUUCAGGUAGAUCUGUGUCUUUAGUUGAUACUCCUGGACUGUUUGACACACCAGAUGAGGUGAACACUGAUGAGCAGGUAAAGAAAGAGAUAGCGAGAAGUGUUUAUUUGUCCAGUCCUGGACCUCACGCUUUUCUCAUUGUUCUGCGUGCAAAUGACAGAUUCACUGAACAUGAGCAGCAGAUUCCUAAAAUGAUUGAGAUGAUGUUUGGUCAGGAGGUGUUAAAAUACUCCAUCAUUCUCUUCACUAAUGGAGAUCUGCUGAAAGGUAAGUCCAUAGAGAAUCUCAUUAAGGGGAACAGUCGAUUAAGACAUCUAGUUCAAGAGUGUGGAGACAGAUAUCACGUCUUCAACAAUGAAGAUCAGAGUAACAGAGAGCAGGUGACAGAUCUGCUGGAGAAGAUUGACACAAUGAUAGAGAAGAACGGAGGAGGACACUUCAGUAAUCAGAUGUAUGAAGAUGCUCUGAGAUACAGACAAGAGGAAGAAAACAGAAAGAUAGAGGAAGAGGAGAGAAAGGUGGAGAAUGAAAGAGUCAGAGUUCAGAAUAUCAGAGCAGAGUAUGAAACUCAAGGACUUGAAUGGAGAAAACAACAGGAGACUGAGAGGGUUAGAAAGGAAAAAGAUGAAAUGUUACACAGAGCACAAAGUAACCCUGAAUUAGAAGAAUUUUAUAGGCAGUAUAACCAUAGGUUCAGUUUUUCAGCUUCUAUAACUGGUAAGAAACAAACUGGUUUUGGUGCAGUUGUUGGUGGUGUUUUUGGUCAAGCAAUUGGAGCUAUUGGUGGACCUGCUGGUGCAGCUGUUGGUGCAAUUGCUGGUGGAGCUGCUGGUGCAGCUGUUGGUGGGCCUGCUGGUGGAGCUGUUGGUAAAGUUGUUGGUGGAGUUGUUGGUGAAGCUGUUGGUGGAGCUGUUGGUAAAUUUUUUCAUAGAGUUUUUAAUAAGUAACGUGAAAUUCUCAUGGCCACUGGUGUAGGAGUCCUAAAAUCAUAUUCAGACAAAAAUCCUCCACACUUCAACUGGGAAAAGGGCCCAGAGGAAUAAUUAAAACAUAUUCUUUAAUGAAGGAAUCUUUAGGGAUGUAAACCACCAAUACAAUUAAAUAGCCAGACUGUCCCCCCUGUAUUUGAUAUUUGUGAUGCUGCACAUUACGCAGUGCUCGCUUUUUAGGAUGACUGAAAUUUUAAAAGUUCUCCAGUGUCUUUUCUGCAUCGUCUGCAGUGCUGUAUCAGUGCUCAUCAAUGUCAAAAUGAGUGAGAUGGCCAAUCAAAUCAAAUAAGGCAGGACUUUACACAAAAGAUGAGCAUGAAUUCCAACAUGAUACUUAGUUUUAAUGGUGGAAGAGUGUCUGGUAAGAUGUAAGUAGCUAAACAUUUUACAUUUGACUGUUUUAAGACAGAAUGUUUAACGACUGACAGUAAAGCCCAAAGUAUAACUCAUUUUUGUAUGUGUACAUUAGCAUAUGCGUACAGACCAAACACGUAGCCUUUGAAGCAGGGGCAGACUUAACCAAUAAGUGAGGUACAGUAAGUGGCCAUUUGGGACCCCGAUAUAUUUGGCAAAUGCUCCAGUAUUUAUGUUCUGGAGAACACAAAGUGCUGAGUUCUGCAAGCUUGUGAAUCCUCUUAUUAUAAAAGCGUGUAGAUACGAUGUAAAUAACAGAUUGAUUGUGCAGUGAAAACAGCUUCACUGAUUAACAGAACAUCUUGAGAUCUCAGUGAACUGAAGUGAAUGACAGCUUUUAGUGACUGUAGUGGGAGCGCUCUUUGCACACUUUCUAGGCUGUAUCAUCCUGUCUUUCUCAGAACAGAUAUAUUAACCUCAGAGAAGAAAGUAUUGUUUCAUGUCAUGAUAAUAUUUGUCUUGAUCUUUCAAAAUGACUCGCUUGUGCACUUUUCCUAUGUGUACCGGCACAAACUGCUACACACUCAUACAGAUGCAUGAAUGCCAUGA